AUGAAUGAUAACAAUUCUAUUCCGAUAUUAUAUCCUUCACCUGAAUCAUUGUCACCAAUAACGGAUAUUGAAACUGAUGAGAUCUUUAUCAAUGAGGAUAUUUUUGAAACAUUGAACAAUUUACAUCGUUUACCAGGCUGCACAUUCAUUCAAAACAUAUGCAAAGAAACAUUUCCGAAAGCAGUUUGUUUGAUCGAUUAUGAUUUAGAAAUGGCAAUUGGGUUAUAUCGUCAAGUAUUUUAUUCAACAAGAAAAGAAUCUCCAAGUAGUUGCAAUACAAAUACAUUAUGUGAAUAUUUGGAUCAUAUCAAUCAAUGGAGUCAUCCUAUUCAAGCAUCUGUUAUUGACUUUGGAGGUGCAUUCGAAACAGAACAUUUAAAUUUCAUACGAUAUAUUUUUCAAAAGAUUGAUAUUUAUUCUAUUGAUUUAUUAUAUCAAUCACUUGAUUUAUUGGUAUUUUCCAUAGAUCAAGAUCCAAAAAAAUGGUUUGUAAUACCUGUUUAUAGUUAUACGACUGAAGUUGAACAGCAAAAAUUAUCUGAAUAUGUAAUUCAAAAAUUCUCACCAAGAGCCUCUGUUUCAAACAAUUUUACAAUAAAUAACUUACAGUAUUAUCAAAGAAUCCGAAACUUAGAGAUUUAUGAUCCCUAUUCAGAAGUUUUUGAUUGGAAGAAAAUUCAUUUUAUCGAUAACAUUGGAAGAUGUUCAGCACAGCCGUUUUGUUUAUUCAUGGCUUAUCGUACUUUUCAAGCAACUCCAAAUAUUACGCUCCUCAGAACAAUGCAUUUCGUUGAUGAUACAUAUACAAAAAUCGAUAUCAGUCAUGCUCAAGGAGGAUGUCAUCGUAUAUAUGACACAAAUCAAAGCACGUGCUUUGGAUACUGUUCAUCAAAACCAAUUAUGGAAACUUUAUGUACAGGUACUAGAUGGGAAAGUACUCGUGCUGAAUUUAAUAACAUAUAUUCACUACUUCCUAAAACACCUACUCUUUUUCCGGUGUAUAGAAAAAAUCAAGUAAACUGGCUUGAAGGUGAUAAUGUUCAGCAGCUUUUGUAUGGUAUAUACGCCGCUAUUGCUCAAAGCAAUCUUGACGAUUCCACGCGACAUUCAUUUCGUAUUACACGAACAAAGGUUCUAUGGAAUGUUAAUUGUCUGGAUCUGACUUUCCUUUUGUUAGAAAAUAACAUUACACCUCUAGUUAUUCAACAAUUUAUUAGGCAAAAUAUUCCUAAUAAUAUUUCACCAGCGAGACGAACAAAUUUUGUUCAAGAAUGUCUUCAUGAACUAUUGGGUUCUAUAUCUCGACUUCAAAUUUAUAUAAAUUCUGAAACAGACAUAUUUUAUUCGUCGAUAAUUGUUCAACAAUUGCGACAAGAAGAUCCCAAUCUUGAUAUUAGAAUUUCACUGCAUAGAGAUAUAAUGCAAGAGGCAUCAACUUUGUUUGGAUCAACUAUUAUUUUAGUUUUUGAAUCUAAUCGAGAUGGAAAACAUAUUUUAGUAUGCGCUGAUCUAUCUCGUUUUCUAAACUAUCUAUCAACUUGUACAACAUUAGAAGAAGUUAAAAAUGGUAUUCAAUCAUCGGCUAUUUUUGUUGAUGAAUUAAAUAAUCAAGAAAAUGCCAUAUGGCAUCAAAAUCUUUCUUGUAUAUAUAUACCAACUUUUCAACAAGCUUUAAUUGAACAAACAAGAGAAAAGCUUUCACGACUGGUUCCUGGAAUGCCGGUUAUCAUUACACAAAAUAUUGCUAUUGAACUCGGAUUAAUUAACGGCAUGAAUGGAAUCUUUAGACAACUAGUCUAUGAUCUUGACUCAGUGCCAACAAAUAGUCUGUCAAAAACAUUUCCAGUGAACAUCCAGUAUGUGCACAAGCCAAUAUAUGCAUUGAUCGAAAUAAGCAAAUCCAAAAUUGAGUGCAAUCUUGAAAAGCUUCAACCAAAACUCAUUCCAAUACCAAUAAUAGAACAAACCUUUCAGGUGGACAUUUCGGAUAUUCUUCCGAAAGUCAACAACAAAUCAAAAACGAACAGAAAGGCAAUGUUAUCGAUUAAACGAUGCGCGUUACCUCUUGUACCCGCAUAUUCUAUCACAACUCACAAAAGCCAAGGACAAACUUUAAGUAAAGUAGUCAUCGAUCAGAAGUUACCAAAAGAUACAGAUGAGAGUGAAGCGUUUGGACGAUUGAAUUAUUUUACGACACUUUGA